AUGUCAUCUAAAAUUUCCAAAGACACUCUUUACGAGUGUGUCAAUGCAGUAUUGGAUCACUCAAAGCAAAAAAAGAGGAAAUUUUUGGAAACAGUUGAAAUUCAAAUUGGAUUGAAGAAUUAUGAUCCACAAAAAGACAAGCGUUUUUCUGGAACAGUAAAAUUGAAACAUAUUCCAAGACCAAAAAUGCAAGUUUGUAUUCUUGGUGAUCAACAACAUUGUGAUGAAGCUAAAGUAAAUAAUUUGCCUUACAUGGAUGUUGAAGCACUCAAGAAAUUAAACAAAAAUAAAAAAUUAGUUAAAAAGUUAGCUAAAAAAUAUGAUGCCUUCCUUGCAUCCGAUGCUUUGAUUAAACAAAUUCCAAGGCUUUUAGGUCCUGGACUCAACAAGGCUGGUAAAUUUCCUGGUCUUUUAUCUCAUCAAGAACCAAUGAUGCAAAAAGUUGACGAAGUCAAAGCAACGAUCAAGUUUCAAAUGAAAAAGGUACUUUGUCUGUCAGUAGCCAUUGGUCACGUAGGUAUGACACCUGAAGAAUUAGUUCAAAACGUUCAUUUGUCCAUCAACUUUUUGGUUUCACUUUUGAAAAAACAUUGGCAAAAUGUUCGUUCUUUACACAUGAAAUCAUCCAUGGGACCAGUUCAGAGAUUGUAUUAA